UCGAAAAAUCAAAAACUAUAACUAUGCGAAAUAAAACUACGUUUGUUUAAAACCAUUUUUUCAUCAAGAGACUAACUAUAUAACUAUAUAGAGAUGUCUCUUGAUGAAAAAAUGGUUUUAAACAAACGUAGUUUUAUUUCGCAUAGUUAUAGUUUUUGAUUUUUCGAAAUGAGAAAGUAACAUAUUCCAUCAAGAUUAACGAAAAAUAAGUUUUAGUGGAGAGAGAAGUUGAUAAUCAAGAAACUAAUUAUUUGUCAAUACUAUUCUGUUAUCCAUUUAUGUCAAAAAUGUCAGAAUUCCUACAUUUCAAAAAUUUACCAUAGAAUGCCAUUUCCCCGAGGGUAAAAAAAUUGACAAAAAAACGCGUUAAAGGUUUCAAAACCAACGCGCUUUUUUUAAUCUAUUCGUUUGAAAACGCGUUUUUCGGAAUUUCAUAACGCGUUUCGAUGAAUGUAAACGACAAUGAGAACGUUAAUUAACGCGUAUUGAGCUGAACGAAAAAUAAUAAAAACGGAGGGAAGCUACAGAGAUUUGAAUCAUCAACUUUUGUCUUACCAUUCUUCCACCUUUUCCAUUCAACCAUACUCGCUUGACAUGACAUUAGCUGACAACAAACUAUCGAGAGCAGUAAAAUAAGUACUUAACAAAAAAUUUCAAGUUCAAGAAAAAAUCGGUAGAGGCACGAAAAACGCGUUAGUAAACGAUCGUUAAAAGAGCCAUGUUUUUGUCGAACACGUUAGCGAACGACCGUUAAAAGAGCAUUUAAACGCGUUUUUCACGUUCAAAACUUAAGGAUAACGCGUUUGCUUCAAAACGCGUUUUUCGUGCCGUUUCUAACGACUUUUAUACGCCUAGGUUAUCAAGAUAAAACAUGUGUUUUAACAAUCCUCUGCCAAAUUCUCACGGAAUUUUAGUUUUACAAAGAUUAGAUUGGUUAAGGUGAACAUUUAAGAUUGAAAACUUGGGUUUUAUUAGAGUUAUCUCGAAAAUAAUAGUCAAAAAGUAGGUGAUAUCAUUUUACAGAUUUCUGCUCUGUUUGACAUGCUAUAACAAUCAGAUUAGCCUAUUUUUCCCAGAGGUUUUAUCUAAAAAGUUCAAAAAAUACUUUUUUUAUUCGAAAAUUUUUAUGAAAAAUCCGGCUGCUUUAAGUCAAAGUCAAUAUUCUUCACGUUUUUUAAAACCAAUCCGAGCUUUAUAGCAUGUAAAAUACAGAAACAAACCGGAAAAUGACAACGUCGGGUUUUCUAAAAAGCAAUUUUUGAGAAAAACUCCAUGCAUUUAGGAGUUGCAGGAAAUUACUUGUAACUCUUUAAGGGAAGGUUGUACGGAGUUCUACUAUGCUUCUCGUUUUGAUCAGAAAAGCUUGCUCUACAAACGUCUGAAUUCAGAAAAUAAUUUAAUUGUAGAAGUAUCGUGGGGUAAACGGGUGUUCUAAAAAGCUUAAAGGACCUGCUAUUUUCUUGUAAAAUCUUAAAUUUUAAAGGAUCUUUUGAUAUGAAUUUACAAGAUCUUGUCGUACGAUCGUGCAAAAUCACGGUGCUUUUUGUAACUUCUUGACUUUGUUAAUGUGUACACUGUUAAAAAAUUGUAUUUAUCAGUUGUUAUAUAUAGAGAUCCAAAAUAUUGAACAACUAAAACCUGAAACUAAACUUCAGAAAAUAAAGGGCAAAACUUGUUUUUUAGAAAACGAAAAACUGAAUAUUGGUCUUUUUAAUGGUCUUUUUAACUGUAUUUCUCUUUUGAUCACAUUGUCACAUCAUGUAAUGAGCAUAGCUCGAUUUGUCGUUUAAUAAACUUAGUUUAAAUAUUGGUCUUCAGCUUCUCGAAGAACACAAAAGUUUUGCUCUUUAGACAACUGAAGAACAAAACUUAGUUCUUCAGUUUCCAAAAAACAACUUUUUGUUUUUCAGUUUUUUAGAUCUCUAUAUGGAGUAUUUGUUCUCUGAAAAACACAGAUUUUUCUCUGUGUAACUUCGCGAUCUUAUGAAUUCCUGCAACACAGAUUUCUUAGCUAUACUUAUUGUCUUGCUAUACGAUCUUACAAGCUUUUAGCAAAUGAGUUAGGAAUGCUGCUGCUGUAUGUGUUUUGUUCUGGUAGAAAAUUGAUGAGACAGAAUUAAUUAAUUCUUAUUCAUUCACCUGUAUUAAAGCAUCGUUUUACUGUCCUCAGUAAAGCUUUUUUGGAUUCCAUAUAAAGCAAACAAUGAAAAAAAGUUUAAAUGAGAAGGACGCUGAACAACUGUAAAAAAUUGUUCUAGAUUUUCAACUUCUUUAAAAAUAUAUUCCACUUUUGAUUUUCAAUUUGUCGACAUACAAAUUCGCCGGGGAUUUUCAAGUUUAAAAAGCGUCGUUGAUUUUAUGCAAAACCAAUUUAUUUUCUAGAGUAUCACUUGCAAUUUUCUGAAAAAUCUACGACGAUUUUCCAAAAAAGUUGAAUUAAUUUUCUGAAUUAGUAUAUGGGCUGAAAAUCGUUUUUAAUUUUUUAUAACUUAUUUUAAAAUUUGAACACUCAGCACUGGAAGUUGUUUUUUUUUUAUUUUCAUGGCGUUUUCUCUGUAUUAAAUUGAUUCUAUGUGUAGGUACAAAUUAUUCAAAUACUAAAAUAUUGGAGAAUGAUAAUAAUUCUGCAAUGAUUGAUAUAAACCAAUUACAUAUUUUACCCUAUUCUGACCGUUUCGAUCAGACAAAAACUCAUGUCGGCUUUAUCAUUUAUUCAUACAAUAAUCACACAGAGUUUAUUCUCAAUGGUAUAUACUGUAAAACGGGUUAUGUUCUAAUAAAACAUGGUGAAAAUGUUGAAAAUAUUAAUAGUAACAGUAAUCUGAUACACGAAAAACUAUUUCAAUAUCUUUUUGGUCAAGAACCCGAUCAAUUAUUCGUUGGAGUAACAUUUAUGUACGUCAACAAUUGGCUGUACAAUUGUUUUGCCUUCAAUGGCAGUAAAAUUCAUCCAUAUGAACAAAAGCUGAUAGAAAUAAUGCUAAUAUCAUUAUAUGAAAAUGAUAUGUGGUUGACGAAUCCUUACGCUGAUGUCGAACAACUUAACAUGUUUGCAAAGAAAAUGUUCAUUUACAAAUUAAGUUCAAUAAAUCAGUUAUUUGAACAAAAACGUACUGAAAUUCAUAAUGGUGGUUCAUUCUUAGAUAAUUUACCCAAACGGUUUCGACGAAAUAAGAAAAAAUCAUCAACAACUAACGACAGUUUUCAGCGAUUUCAUUGGACACAAGAUCAAAUUAAUUUAUUUGAAAUGACACUAACAACAUGGAUAGAUGAACAAUUUAAGCUAAUUGAAAAAUUGUUUAAAACUGAAGAGUAUUUAUAUAUUGAUGACAGUACAAAACAACUGUUCAAAAACUUUAUCAGACAUCAUGUUCUGCAAAGUUAA